CGUGGGUCUUCGCCGAUAAGGCAAAGAAUGUUCGAGAAGAAAACCCCGCUCCCCGCCGCCGUACCAUGCAAAACCGGCUGUCGUCGCAGACAACAAAGGCCUACCGCCUCGGAGGCGAUAGUAUCGUACUAGAUAGUUCGCGAGCCUGAUCUAUGUUAAGUCUCUCGCCGUACAAGUAAAUCGCGCCGGCCAUUAUAUGAUUGGUGUCGUUGUUGUUGCGAUUUAUGAAUUUUGUGCUAGUUACGCGCCGCGCUGACGUUUAAUGGUAAAUAAAACUCGUUAUUAAGUUCGAGUUCGGUUGUUUGCGGCAUCUAUUUAAAUCCGUGAUUACAACGAAACGUUUCGCUGUUUUGUUGUAUAAUAUUAAUCGUUCCGAUUUCUUAAAGUGCACGCGGGUGCACGUUAAGAACAACGAACGGGUCAGUGGUCAUCGUGCGCGGGCACGAGUCGAUCAUUUACCUACAAGCACGUCGGAGAUUCGGGCAGCCAUUAGCGUGUAGGUCGCGGGACCUCAGCGAGGCGAACAGACGUCGGUGCGGUAUCCAUUUACAUAUACAUACAUACGCAUUUGGUCAUAUGGACACAAUAUCAUGGAGUAUGGACACUAGACAGUCGAGCGGUCGGCGGUAACCAGAUAACGGUAACGCAGUAUCAUAAUUGAUACGCGAUUAACUUCUUAUAUUAUCACAUUAUCACUUAUUAAUAUUGUAUUGUUUUGAUUGAUAUUAUAUCAACAUUUUGUAUCAUGGCCUCUGAGGCAGUUAUUAUGUUAUUGUAAGUUUAGUUUUUACGGCAUUCAUAUUAUUUAUUAAUUAUUAUUCUCGGUUGACGAGUGGUUAGUUGCCUUUAUAUUAUAUAGUAGGUGGGCGCCUACAUCUCUAUAUUUCAUAUGUGAUCAUUAGUAUAUUAUUAUUAUUACUUGUAAAUAUUAUCCCUGUUUGUUAUGUUGUGUGAUAUAUCUUUAUAAUACAGUCCACUAAAAUUAUUAUUACCACUUCAAAUUUGUUGAUUAUUAUUAGUGUUAGAUUCCUAUUAGUUUACACAUUAAUACACUAAAAUUAAAUUACGACAUAACAUUUGGUCCGUUCGGGCUCGGAUAGGAGUAGCAAUGUUUAUAUGUUUAAAUACGAAUUAUUUUAUUUGCUUGCUUAUUGUAAUCACAUAGUACGUUAGGUAGGUAUUGUUCGUUAGAUUAUUGUUAUUAGAUAUUUUGUUCCUAAUCAUCCUAUUUUGUAAAUAUGGGUCGUCCGAAACGUCAAUCGGUAGCUGUGGCUUCGGAGCCAAACAUGCUGUUACGUUCACGUGCUUCUCGCGAUAUGAUUGUACGAAAAAUUCGUAAUUUACAUACGUUAGCUCAGGAGGCGCAAACUGAGGUUGACAAGCAACCGUUGUUUUUGUCGUGCUACGUAUCACUCGACAAGUACGUGGAUCAAGUUGAGGUACACCAACAAGAAGUGUUGAAUUUUAUGUUGGAUUCCGGAUUACAUGACGACUUCAAGGACACAGAUUUGUUAAUUACGGACGAGGUUGAGGAAUUAAUUGGACGUAUUCGAAUGAUUUUUGAAACAAUUCGACCGACGACAAGUGUAACAAAUCGGAUGCCGCGUCCGGAGUGUGGGGCUUCUGCGGGUACCGCUAUAACAUUGCCCAAAAUUGAGUUGCCAAAAUUUGAUGGGGACGUAGUCCAAUGGUGCUCAUUUCGUGAUAUGUUUUGUUCACUUGUGCAUGACAAUCAGUCAAUUUCGGACAUUGAGCGAUUUCAUUUUUUAAAAUCAUGUUUAUCAGGUCCUGCGUUAGCCGUUAUCAAGUCCAUUCCGUUAACGGCCAAUAAUUACAAUAUCGCGUGGAAUGCUCUUCAAAAAUCGUUUGAAAAUAAUCGAUUAUUAGCGACGGCGCAUAUCGAUCGAUUGUUCGCGUUCUCGCCUCUCAAGAAGGAGUCUACGGCGGCACUCGCUACGUUUGUCAAUACGUUUCGCGAGAACGUCGCCGCUAUCAAGGCGUUAGGUAUCGAUGAUAUUUCUGGUUUUCUAUUAUUUUAUAUUGGCGCGCGGGUGCUUGACGUUGAAACCAGAAGACUAUACGAAGCUAAAAACAUCGGAACUACUGCGGAUAAAGUAGAACAAAAUGUCAAGGUUGCGGCUAAAAAGAGCAAGGGUGGUACACCCGGGAAAUAUUCAUUAACUACGACUUCGAGUGGCGUAAAAUGCAUUUUUUGUGAACAGGAUCACCCACUUUAUCGUUGUGGAGCAUUUAAACAAAAAUCGGUCGCUGCAAGAAGGAAGUUUGUCAGCGGUAAUGGUGUGUGCUUCAUAUGCCUAAAGUCAGGACACGCAGCGAAAGCAUGUACGUCAACAUUUAAGUGCCGGAGUUGUGGUGGCAAACACAGCACAUUGUUACAUAUAGACUACGCGAAGCCAGCGUCGGUAGUAUCGUACGGAGACGCCGAAUGUUCGACAGAGGGAGCGGAGUCGACGGAAAAAAGAACAACUGCAACGGAAAAUCAGGUCAAGUUUUCGGGAACUGUGCGUACUGAAGCCACUGUUAUUUUAGGUACAGCUAUUGUGCGCGUUCGGGACAACGUGGGAAAAUUACAAACGGUACGCGUCCUUUUAGACAGUGGUUCCCAAAUUUCGGCGAUCACUUCACAAUGUGCUACUCGUCUUGGUUUGAGGCAUAUUAAGAGCAGAAUAGAGGUGACAGGUCUCUCUCAACAACGAGUAACUAAAGUGAAAGGUGUCACACAAUGCCAAUUUAUUCCGCUUCACGCGGAGGGUCCGCAAUUUGGUGCUACUAGCGUCGUCAUUCUGACGCAUAUCACUAUGCAGUUACCUAGUGAUAGAAUACCUUCGGCGGUGCGUGAGCGGUAUCACCACCUGUUGCUGGCCGAUCCGGAGUUCGAUGUACCGGGACCAAUCGAUAUGUUGUUAGGAAGCGACUUGUAUCCACAUUUGUUACAAUCAAAGGCCGAUAUCAUUCACAGUACGGGUCUGCCGUCAGCCAUGAACACUCAUCUUGGAUGGAUUGUGGUAGGAGCAUUAAAUGAAAUUUCAGCGUCGCCCAUGGUGUCAUUAUCAGCAGUAUCGACGCCAGAAAUCGGAAGAUUAAUACAAAAAUUUUGGUCUGUGGAGGAACCAGAUGUGCCGGACAUUUUGUCAACGGAAGACGAACGAUGUGAGGCAUGGUUCCGUAAAUCGACAAUUAGAGACGCAUCCGGACGGUUUGUAGUGUCCUUACCGUUUCAGUCGUCGGUGCGCGCUCUAACAGAGAUGUCAACGAGUCAGACGGCGGUAGUUCAAGGCGGGAGCCCGGAAGAUUUAGGUGCAUCGCGCGCACUAGCAUUAAAUCGUCUUUACAAUCUCGAGCGACGCUUGGCAAAAGAUUCGGAACUGUAUACAGCAUAUCGGAAAUUUAUGGAUGACUAUUUAAAUUUAGGUCAUAUGAAAUUGGCAUCGGUGCCAGGAAAAUAUUUUAUACCACACCAUGCUGUGGUCAAGCACGAAGAAAAGGGACUUAAGAUUCGAGUUGUCUUCGACGCAUCGGCGAAGUCGACAUCGGGAAAAUCAUUAAACGAUUGUCUAUGUACGGGGCCGAAAUUACAGACUGAGAUCAGCGAUGUUCUACUUCGUAGCCGAUUCUACAAAUACGUGUUCGUAGCUGAUAUCGCGAAAAUGUAUCGGCAGAUCAGAGUACGUGAGGAGGAUUGUGUCUAUCAACACAUCCUGUGGCGUAGGUCACCGGAGGAUGAGGUGCAGGAGUAUCAAUUGCGAACCGUCACUUAUGGCGUGAACUCAGCGCCAUAUCUUGCACUGCGAUGCCUGCGUCAAUUGGACUUUGAAGAUGGUGCGAAAUUUCCCCAGGCGAAGGGCCUGUUAAUCAAUAAUACAUAUGUUGAUGACAUAAUCGCUGGCGCCGAUACCGUAGAUGGCCUAUUGGCCGUACAGAAAGACCUAAUUAAUUUAUUACAGCGAGGUCAACUUGAAUUAAAAAAGUGGGCAAGUAACUGCGAUGCCGUGCUGAGGUGUAUUCCGGUCGAGGAUCAGGCUGUAGAACCAAUGUUCACACCAACGGAAGAUGCGAACUUGAAGGUGCUUGGAGUCCAUUGGGAUCCUACCUCCGAUACCUUUGGAUAUCAUGGAGCCACCAGCGAGAGAUCGACUACCAAGAGGGUUGUGUUAUCUACGAUCGCACGACUGUACGAUCCAAUUGGUGUCUUAGGUCCGGUUUUGCUGUGGGCUAAAGGAUUCAUGCAAGAGCUAUGGCUCGAGAAGAUUGGAUGGGAUUCGCCGGUACCUACUUCGUUGGUGAACAAGUGGCUGCAGUUCCUGGACGAGUUACCAUUGUUGUCACACGUAUCUUUACCGCGUCAUAUUGAUGUCCGCCAUGCAAAAGAAGUGCAGAUGGUGGGCUUCGCCGAUGCAUCACAAUGUGGAUAUGCAGCCAUAGUAUUUUUACGGAUAGCUGACAAUUUGGGUCACUUCCAUGUUUAUUUUAUCACGUGCAAAACCAAGAUAGCACCGUUGAAAUCAUCACAAACGGAUACUUCGUUGACAAUUCCUAGGCUCGAAUUAUGUGCGGCUCUACUUCUGGCCAAACUUUUGUCACACCAUUUUGAAGUUUUAAAUAACAUAAUACCCAUUAACAAGGUCAAGGCGUGGACAGACUCCACAGUCGUUUUAGCGUGGCUUACGCGGGAACAGAAGCAAUUUAAGAUUUUCGUGACCAACCGUGUGGCCAAGAUACGAGCACUGGUGCCCAAUUGUGAAUGGGCUCACGUGAGGACGAACGAAAAUCCGGCUGACCCGGCUUCCAGAGGUAUGCUUCCGAGAGAACUGCUGUCAUGUUCCAAGCACUUAUCAGGACCAGAUUUUCUACGUCAGGAUGAAGUUCAAUGGCCGGCGUUGCCGUCUGUGGAAGUUAUGGCAUCAUUAAAUUUACCGGAAGUAAAAAAUUCGGUUCAAUGUGCAUUGCAUACCCUCGAGGAGGAGGUUCCUUGGAUAGAACGCUUUUCCUCUAUAUCUCGGAUGCAGCGUGUUGUUGGAUACUGUCUUCGAUUUAUUAAUCGAGCGCGAGGGCGUUCUAUGUUGUCAGGACCUAUUUCAUUUGCAGAACAAUAUCAGGCUUUGUAUCGAGUAAUCAAAUAUACCCAAAAAAUGUAUUAUUCUGACUUAUACAAGCAAAUCAAAGGUCAUCGAAUAAUUGUACCCGUAGCCUUAGCUCAGUUGGCUCCUUUUGUGGACCAUGCCGGGUUGAUUCGAGUCGGAGGACGCCUAAAGAAUUCUGCACUUGACGACGGCGCGAAACACCCUAUAUUGUUACCACAACGGUGCCAUUUCACGGAGUUGAUUGUUCGGCAUUAUCAUCAGCUAUUGUUACACGGUGGAGCGAGACUGGUACUGUCAAUGAUUAGUCGACGAUAUUGGAUUAUGUCAGGUCGGGCUGCUGUACGUCGAGCAGUACAUUCAUGUGUUCCAUGUUCAAAAUAUCGAGCCACUACUCCUAUACCUUUCAUGGCGGACUUACCUGUUUUCAGAGUCACCGCAAUUCGGCCAUUCUAUAAUGUAGGUAUGGACUACGGAGGUCCAUUCGUUGUGAAGGAGAGUCGCCGGCGUGGGGCCCGGACCCACAAGGCGUAUUUGGCUUUGUUCAUUUGUAUGGCAGUAAAAGCCGUACACUUAGAAAUUGUGACUGAUUUGUCUACUGAAUCUUUUAUUGCGGCAUUGGACCGUUUCACUUCACGCCGUGGAAUCCCAGCCAAUAUUUACACGGAUUGCGGGACGAAUUAUGUUGGUGCAGCGAAGCAGAUUAAGGCCUUGCUUCAAACGGAUGAUGCACGUCAGGCCGUCUCUUCUCGGGUUCAAUGUGAAUGGCACUUUAACCCUCCCGCCGCGCCCCAUUUUGGUGGGAUAUGGGAGGCCGCAAUCAAGAGCACCAAGACACAUCUUAAGAAGGUCGUGGGAGCCCAAGUCUAUACGUUCGAGGAGAUGUCUACACUAGUGAUAAGAAUCGAAGGUGUUUUAAAUUCCCGGCCAUUACAACCUCUUUCGAGUGACCCGAAUGAUUUUGUCGCGCUCACUCCGGGACAUUUUUUAAUUGGGCAACCGCUCUUGGCCCUGCCUGAAGAAAAUGUCAUUAAUAUUCCGAUCAACCGUUUAAGACGAUGGCAACUAAUUCGUCAGGCACUACAAUCCUUUUGGCGUCGUUGGAGUCGUGAAUAUUUGCAGACAUUACAGGGACGCAAAAAGUGGUUCAAACAAACCGACAACAUAACUGUAGGGGACUUAGUAGCAGUCCAUUCACCUAAUAACCCACCGAUGUCAUGGCAACUUGGACGUAUUGUGGAAGUUCAUCCUGGUCCUGACAAUGUCGUUCGCGUUGUGACUAUUCGAACAGCCGACGGUCUUCUCAAGCGACCAGUUGUCAAGAUCACCAAGCUGCCCAUGUAA